AUGCGACCAAUAGGGAUCGCCAGAUGUUCAAGGGCUUUCUGGGAUGGUGUCCAACUGCGCUGGCGUUCAAAGACCACGCGCUCCGAGUGGCCCGCGGCCUACCGGAAGGAGCUCACGCGGCUGCAGCGGGCACCCACGACGGCGCCACCUGCGGCACCGAGCACGGCGGAGGCGCCGAACGAUGCGGUGAAGGAGGAAAGCAUCCAUAGAGUUCCAGUUCGCUUGCUUACGACUGUACAGCAGAGUGAGAUGUUGGCGCAAAGGAUACUGGAUUCGUCGCACCACAGCAUUGGAUUGGAUUGCAGUGGUGAGAAGAUUGGACGCUUUGGAAAGCUUGCAUUACUUCAAGUGGCAACUGAGGAUGACGUUUCCCUCGUUGAUGUUGAAAUAGGAGGUCUUGAGAUCCUGGAGCCCUUCCGACCCGUCUUUACAAGCACGAGCCUUGUAAAGGUUUUCCAUGACUGUCGUGAAGCAGUUUCAUUUCUCCUGAAUCAAUUGCAUAUCCCCACCUAUUCAGUCUAUGACAUACAGGUGGCUUUUACUACCUGGCUGGAACGCGAGGGGCUCGAAGAGUACCAAGCCAGCCUGGCAGAGAUCAUCAGGAGCUGUUCUUUGAGCACCUACCGACUACACCGAUGGGAUCGUUUGGAGCGGAACACGUUAACGCCUUCACAAUGGCACCAAAGGCCACUGCAGCCACAGGUGAUCCGUCAGGCCGUUGAAGGCGUGGUGCAUUUGACCCGUUUGCAAGCCACCUUGAACAAGGAACUUGGAGACCCCUCUGGAACUUUGGUGCAGAGGCGCAGUGCCCACUACACGGACUAUGCUCGCAUGAACUGCAGAGAACUCCCGCUGGAAAGCUCCCUUCGAAGUGGAAUGAAAUUGGAAGCAAUGUUGGUUUCAAAGAAACCUGAUGCUGCGUAUUUCAAGCUGAAUCACACUGUUACGGGGGCCGUGCUGGUACAUGAGGAUUUGAAGGAGUUUAUUGACCUCAAACCGGGAGCUGUCGCCGAAUGCCAUGUAAAGUCUGUGAGUCCUUGCCAUAGCUUUGCAUAUUUGCAACGUGAGGGCCAUGGUAAUCUCUGGUUUGAUCAGCGGCAAGGUCGAAUGGUGAAGCUGCCUUCCCAAGAAGAACUGGAUCAAGCACGGCCCAAACGAGAAUCGAGCCUCUACGGGCUUGGCCAGGGCUCACCGGGUCAACCCAAUCUCAGGGAAGAACGUCGCAGCUUCCGACCCCAAAAGCCUUCGGUGAUCUACAAGCCAGGAAAGAGAGGUGCAGUGAAGGCUCGGAAAGGUUGCUGGUCGAAGUGCACAUAG